AUUGAACUUUAGAGGGGAGGAGUGGGAUUGAGUGCCAGGAGGCUCUUUAGCCGCCAGCUCUCCUUCCCACGAAGUUGACACGACGCGGAAAAAAAAAAGUUUUCAAACUUUUUUUUCCCCCAGAUUUGGGUAGUUGCGAAGACCCGUCUUCUCCUCCCGCAGGCUGAAUAAUGCCUCCCCAGGACCUGUUGGACUAUCGAGUACAGUUCGCUCCUCCCGUGCCGCCCCACAGACCCAGGCAGGACACUCGGAACGGCAGCCCCCGGGAGCGGUUCCUCAAAUGCGUCCUACUGGGAGAUGGGGCAGUUGGUAAAACGAGUCUCGUCGUGAGUUAUACAACGAACGGUUACCCAACCAAGUACGUCCCGACCGCUUUUGACGACUUCUCGGCUGUGGUGCAGGUCAACGGGACCCCAAUAAGACUGCAGCUGUGCGACACGGCAGGCCAAGACGAGUUCGACAAGCUCCGUCCCUUCUGUUACCACAACUCGGCCGUCUUCCUCCUCUGCUUCAGCGUGGUCAGUCCUUCGUCCUUCCAGAAUGUGGUGGAGAAGUGGAUGCCCGAGAUCCGGUCCCACUGCCCCACCGCCCCUGUGGUCCUGGUGGGGACCCAGUGCGACCUUCGCGGAGAUGUCAAGGUGCUGAUCGACCUGGCCGCUUGCAAGGAGAAGCCGGUACCCUCAGCCGCGGCCCACAGCCUGGCUGAGAAGAUCGGGGCCGUGGCCUACAUCGAGUGCUCCUCGUUGACCCAGAAGAACCUGAAGGAGGUCUUCGACAUGGCCAUUGUCUGCGGCCUCCGCCAGCUGGACAGGCAGGAGGCCAGCGAGCGCAAGAUGAAGGCGCUGACCGCCAACAAAAUGAGGACUCUGUCGCGAUCCUGGUGGAAGAAAUACAUCUGCGUUGUAUGAAAAUUGUGGGGUGGGCAAUGGGUCACAGGGAUGCUUGCCGAACUUCUGGGGUGGGGGCGGUGGUGUGAGUGAUGCCCAAGAUGGAAUUGGGGAGCAAAGGGUGAUUCCUUGCUGUGCGUUUUUACAUCCACUGAGCAGAUAUGGUGACACAGCAACUGCAGAUGUUGGAAUCUGGAGCUAUAAUGCAGUUUUGGAGGAGCACAACAGGUCAGGCAACACCUGCGGAGGGAAAUGGGCAGUCAAUGUUGACCAGAUGAAGAGUCUCGACCCUCAAUGUCAACCGUCCACUUCCCUCUGCUGAUGCCAGCAGACCCGCUGAGUUCCUCCGGUGUUCUGUGAGAUAUUUUCAUUAUUGUCACGUUUUGCAGGGGACUCUUGGGUUAGCUGGCGGGUCGGCCCUGGGAGAGGUGAACGGGGUUGGCGGGCGGCCAGCACUCUCACUGCUCAGUCAACCCUCGAUUGGGCUUUGGCUGUGCUCAAGGUGUGAGGGGUGGGGAGGACUUGAUCGCAAAAUCCCCUUCCAGUGUGCAGUUGCUGGUCGGGUGGUACCAAGGCCUGCGGUCCUCCAACCCCACUGACAAGUGGACAGCAUCUUGAUCUCUGGGCCUGACCUCCUGGGAGAGUUCAUCUUCCUCCCCAUCCCACUUGGUCACCAGGAGAAUGCCAUCGAAAUUUAGAACGAAAUAUGACAUUUGUGUGGCACCCUGCCUAACCAGCACCCCCUAACCUAGCCAAUGAUCAGACCUAGGCAAGUUCAAUGCAAGGUCCCACAAGCACCAGCUCACCACUUUGCUACGGACAACUGUCCUGCUCCUCUUGGUAGGAGGUAGGGUGAACUUCAGAUCUUGUAUGCAAAAGUAAGCAGGCCUCAUGUCAAAGUCCCUUUACCCGGGUGAAGAGGGUGAAAGUGCCCCCCCUCAUCUUCACAAAAUGCCAAUAAAGUUCCCAACUUCUGCUGUGUUUAUUUCAGCUUUCCAGCAUCUGCAGUAUUUUAGUUUCCUGAGAUCAUUAGAUUACUCAAGGCUUCUUCAAGGUAACGACUCUUCCCAUCUUCGGGGAACAUAGUAUUUAGCCAGUGCUCCGAAAUUCUCUGACAAUCUGAUUUACCCUUCGGUGCCUCGGUUAUAUUUUUAAUUACUCCUACAGUGUUGAAGCACAGCCUCCAUCCCUCUUCUGGGAAGUUAUUAACUUCGCAACUCUCGCUCGCUAAGUGUCGGGUGUAAUGUCUGUGGGAGGCAGCUACCUGUGGGGGUGUUUUUUUUUUUGGGGAGUUCGUUUUGCCGUUAGACAUGGUGCUCAACGCCGUCACAAUUUCUGCUCCGAAACUUUUAGGAGUUGGGUUUUGUGUGUGUGUGCGUGCUACAGUUGAUCCAAGCAAGGGGCCCUUCAAGGUGCCUGUGUCAACAAUUCCUAAUUAUAAGAGAAAACGCACCUCUAUUACGAUCCUUUACACCAAGGUUUCCCAACCUUUUUCUUUUAAAAACAUUAACCGAGGGGUCCAUAGACCCCAGGCUGGGAACUCCAGCUCGAAACUUCUGUGUACUCAGUCCUCUUACCCCAGAAACCAGAAUAAGAAAGCUUUACAAUAAUGUUUACUGUUUAGUGGCUGCUAUAGUCACCCGUGCAAAAAUCAGUACUACUGUAACCAGGGGCAACCAAGAAGACGUGCCGGCAAGUAAUUGAAAGGGUCUGCGAAAGCAGCCUAACGAUGUUUUUGAGUGUUUCAGGACAAUGCCUUUCACUGCUCAGUGCUGCCCUGGCUGAGUUUGGCUGACUUUAUUAGAUUCUGGGGAUUUUAUUGCCACAGUUUGCCCUUGAUACUGUUGGCACGUUGCCUCCUGAACGUUAGGAACGAAAGCAGUUUUGUUUCAAGUGCAGGUUACUGGAGAGCAGCCCCGUGACAUCCACGUCCUGGCUGCCCUUGAAUUCAAGCCGGAGACUUGGGCAUUUUAGGGGUUUUCACACUGCAGGUCCCUACCCUCCAGCGCCGCGCGUGCGUCUGCACCGCGUUGGGAGUCUGUGCCCAACUCUAGAUGUUCCAGGAGCGGCUACGAGAUGAGGUGUGUGGGCAGAGUGCCACCUGGGCAAUUGGGUGGCAGCUGGCCAUCGGCUAGGGUGCAAGACCACUUGGUUGGCAUAUCCCCCGAGUAUUGUCAGGGUUCAGACUGAUUCAUUUAUCAGAUGUACCUCGAAAUAUAGUAAAAUGGGUCAUUUGUAUUAACAGCCCAAGGAUUUGCUGGGAGCAACCACGCAUUCUGGCACCGACAUAGCUCAAUAUGUUUACAGAACACAAGCAACAACAGGAGGAGAACAAGCCCCCAUUCCUCCCUCCUACGCACACACACAGUCCUCUAAUCCCAGGGCCCCCAGCCUCCAGUGGAUUUAGACAUUUAGACUCUCAGACACUGGGCUUUCGACUCGUGCAUCCAAGCCAUCGGGUCUCAGCUUCCAAUCGACCUACGCAGACUUUGAUCUUCAAUGUUGAGUCCAGAACUUAACUGGAAGUCAAAGAGAAGAGGUCGAUCAGAAAUCUGGAAGCCAACACCCAAUGGGCAAUUAACAUCAUCUGGCUGAUGGCUGCCUUCGGUGUUAUCGGCUACCACGAAACGACCCUAAGAACUUUGAGAAUUUGGGGUUAGUUAUUAGUGACUACACUGGACAAUAUUUUUUUUCUCUGAAAGUGUUGCAUCCUCAGAUUUUUUUUUUGUUUACGAUAGACUGCUUGAAGCUGAACACAAAUAUAACUUCAGACUACUUGUAUCGCGUAGGAAUUUGGAGAAACAAGAGAUUAACUUUUAUAGAAUAUAAUGUGUUUAAUUGCAUAAUGGUGCUGAAGCUUUACAAUAGUUCAACUAAGCUAAAAAAUAUUUUGUUGGUGACUUUCAUUUGUACUCAGUGUCUGAGGCUUCUCCCUUAAGUGUCCAACAAUAAUCAGCCAGCAUUGAUGGGUUCCAGUUGCCCUGAUACUAUUUCUCCAUGACCACAAUGUCCUGGUGAAACCUUUCACCAUGCUCAUCACUGACAGCAUCAAGAUUUGCAGGGAAGAAGUCUAAAUGGGAAUGCAGAAAAUGAAUCUUUAGUGACAUGUUGCACUUCAUGGUUUUGUAUGCUUGAAGCAUGUUGUCAACCAGCUGUGUGUAGUUUGGUGCUCUGCAGCUGCCCAAGACAAUUUUCAACAACAUCCUUGAAUGCCUUCCAUGCGAUUUUCUCCUGUCCCACUAGAAGUUCUUCGAAUUGCCUGUCAUUGAUGACCAAUAAAAAUUUCUUCCUUAAUCUUCCCACCAGUUAUUCUGACAAGCUAUGAAUUGAAAUAACAGUUAUAGGCGAUUUCAAAAAAAAAAGGUGCAUAGGGAAAUUUUGUAGUGAUUUUUUUGAUCAACAGCCAAAAAUUUCAGUAAGUAAAAUCGUUUGUUGUAGAUAAAGACGGACUAUAACCAACUGAGAGCUAGCUCCUCUUGGUUUACCUAUCACUUUCACACUGGGGAUAGGUGGGGAAUCUGGGAUGAGCGGGGAAAUUAUGUGGGAGGGGAAGAAAUGAAGUGGGGAAAGGGUUAGAAGUGCUUCCAUUGACACAUGGGAGAUGUGUGAAAUAUUAAAAGAUGCUUCUUUUUUGCAGAAGUUUAUAUUCUAGUUCAAAUGUAUAAGUGUAUAACGCAGGUGAAACAAGCCACGCGGAUAGUAUUACCAGCGUGAAAGUUAAGUCAAAGACGCAGAAGCAGUUUGGAGGUUGUGUUUUUGAAAUAAUUUACACUGGGGUUGUGGAGCAGGCGAGGAUGACCCCCACCCUCGAGGGUGGGGGCACUGCUUUGUAAGCAGCUGGACUCAACUGCUGCAGCAUGAAGUGGAAAAAAUAAAAUGUCUGUAUUUUCCAAACAAAGUGCAUCUCGUCUGCUUUCCUGUCGCUAAAGAAAACUCAUUCAUGAGAAUGUUGCCAGGGCCUUGAGGGCCAGAUUUGUAGGAGGAGGGUAGAAUUUUAUAACUGGGAGACCGCUUUGCCAAGCACCUAGGCUGUGCCCGCCAGAAAAAGCAGGAUCUCCUAGUGGCCACCCUUUUUCAAUUCUACUUCCCUUUCCCAUCCUGACAUGUCUAUCUGUGGCUUCUGCUGCUGUAGUAAGACCACUCAUUUGGAGGAUUGGCACCUUGUAUUCUUUAAUCUGAUGGCACGAAAGUCAAUCCCUCGAACUUCCAGAAAUUGCACCACCCCCUUCACCAUUCCCCAAUUCCUUCUCCCUCUCCCACUUUCCCUGUUCCCUUUCUUCCAUGGUCUUAUGUCCUCUCCGAUCAGAUUUCCCUCUUCUGCCUUUUAUCUCUUGCACCAAUCAACUUCCAACGUUUCAGGCCGGAACCAUUCGUCAGGACUGAAGAGGG